AUGUCUGAAAAGAACGUCAUUGAAAUCAAGGACCUCACCUUGCAGGAGAUCUCUGAGCACAACACUAAGAAGGAUCUCUACCUGAUCCUCAACGACAAGAUCUACAACUGCACCGAAUUCGCCGAUCAACACCCUGGCGGUGAGGAAGUCCUCCUUGAUCUCGCCGGCCAAGACUGCACCGAGGCCUUCGACGAUGUCGGCCACAGCGACGAGGCGCGUGAGACUCUUAAGGAAUAUUUCGCCGGCAACGUGAAGCGCAUGCCUGGUGAUCCCGAGCCCAAGCCCAAGGCAUCCGCCACCGAUUACACUUCAUCUUCUUCCUCCGCCUCCGGCUUCGGCGUCGGCCUCUACGCCGUCAUCCUCAUUGGUGGCGCUAUCGCAUACGGUGCAUACAACUACCUCCAGGCCCAGCAGGCUCAGCAGCAGUAA